CCCGGCAUGCUCCACGGCGCAGUGAGUGGAGAUGGCUUCCGGCGGCGGCUGGCGGCCCUCUGGUGGCGCGGGUGACAGCGUCAAAAUGGCGGCCAGGGCGCCAAAUACGAUUUCUUGAGAGGCGAAAACGAGGGCCAGCCGCGGUGGGGUCGAGAGACGCGGCGCUAUGGACGCCUCGGCGUGCAUGAAGUCGCUGCUCCUGGCGGCUUCCCAGUACAGGGCCGCACACACCCAAUCCAACGCAGCGCUGCUGCAGCGGAGCCUGGAGCUCAUCUCAGGCUUGAAGCUGACAAAAUUUUUUGCAUCAAACCAGAUUUUACCAUCUGAAUGUCUGAGCUGCUUGGUAGAACUCAUUGAAGACCCAAAUAUAAGUCCACCCUUAACCCUGAGUGUGGUAGGCUUGCUUUCUCAGCUAGUUAUAGACAAGGAGACCAGAGAAGCUCUCCAGAAUACUUACAAUCUGUGUAGUGUUCUGGCAGGUGUAAUUCUUCGAAGUUCUGUCAAUCCUAAUGACCCAGUAUUACUACAGAGUAUUCAACUGUUACAGAAAUUGACCUACAAUUCAAGAGUAUUCCAUACCAGUGCUAAUAUUGAUGAUUUAAUUUCUUUCCUUCUGAAUCGAAUUCAGUCUACAGAAGAUGCUCUAACUAUACCAUGCCUAGGACUUAUGGCAAAUCUCUGUCGACACAAUCUGUCCAUUCAAGCGCACAUCAAAUCAUUGCCUAACGUGAAGGGUUUCUAUCGCACUUUGAUCAGUUUCUUGGCUCACAGUAGUCUAACAAUGGUUGUAUUUGCACUUUCAUUAUUAUCCAGUCUUACAUUAAAUGAAGAAGUUGGAGAAAAGCUUUUCCAUUCUAGAAACAUUCAUCAGACUUUCCAGCUAAUAUUUAACAUUCUUGUGAAUGGCGAUGGAACACUAACAAGAAAGUAUUCUGUUGACCUGCUCAUGGAUCUCCUAAAGAAUCCCAAGAUUGCAAAUUAUCUUACCAAGUAUGAACAUUUUACAUCUUGCCUCAAUCAGGUAUUAGGUCUACUUAAUGGAAAGGAUCCUGAUUCUUCAGCAAAGGUAUUAGAGUUACUACUUGCCUUCUGUUCAGUAACUGAACUCCGUCAUAUAUUGCGUCAAGCAGUAUUGGAACCAAAUACAGCAAUCUGUGGAAGCACAAGACUUGCAACUCGACAUAAAUCUUCAGAACCAUCUAUUGCCUUAGUACAUUGGUCAAACCAACCUUUGGAACCAUCUGAAAGCUGUUCAACUCUUGCCUUGGAGCUAUUCAGGGAGAUAUUUGAGGAUGUUAUUGAUACAUGCAACAGUGCUAUCUCUGAACGCUUUGUGGCUCUUCUUCUGCCUGUUCUUCUUGACCAUCUUCAUUUUCCGGAUCAUGUUCUAGAAGACCCGAUGGCAAAGAAAAAAUGUGAAAGAAUGAUAAAAGCUAUUGAUGUUUUAAUAGUUCUUUGUGCAGAUGACAUUCUAAAAAUCCAUGUUACUAAGGUUCUAACAGCCAGCAAAUGUUCAUCUUUAAUAGAAAAUCAAUUUACAUGCAGUGGAAUUGAGUUUGGUUUUGGGACAAAGGUAAUUGACUCUGAGCUAAGCAAGCUUGCAGCUGAUAUAAUCUUAAAAACAUUGGACCUUAUGAGCAAGCUUAAACAGCUGGUUCCUAACAUGGAAGGCAGCUUUUACAAAAUUCUUCAGGAUCAGCGUUUGGUUACACCUUUGGCUUUUGCCUUAACAUCAGACCACAGAGAGCAAGUUCAGGCAGGACUUAGAAUAUUGUUUGAAGCAGCUCCAUUGCCAGAUUUUCCUGCUAUAGUGCUUGGCGAAAGCAUUGCAGCCUAUAAUUCUUACAGACAACAGGAAGCAGAACAUGCAUCUAAAAGGAGCCACAUGGAAGCAUCCGUGACCUGUGUUAACUCAAUGAAGUGCUCUAUUUCCUGCCCUAAAGAUGACAGUGCUGCAACUCUCAACAUCCAGGACCUGAUACAGAAACUCCAGUCUGGCCUGGAGAUGAAGGAAUCAGUCACAGAUGUAAGGGUGUCUGAAAUAAUGGAUGUGUAUGAGCAGAAACUGUCUGCAUUAGCAUCUAAAGAAACUCGGUUACAAGACCUUUUAGAAGCGAAGGCAUUGGCUCUAGCUCAAGCUGAUAGACUUAUUACCCAGUACCGUUGCCAGAGAGCUCAAGCUGAGUCUGAGGCUAGGACACUUGCUUCCAUGUUGAAGGAUGCUGAACGAAAAAAUGAAGAUCUUGAAGCAUUACUGAAAGCACAGCAGGUAGAAUCUGAACGGGCACAAAGUGAUAUUGAGCAACUCUUUCAGCACAAUAGGAAGCUGCAGGCAAUAGCAGAAGAACAUGAAAUAUUGAAAAGCUCUUCCACUGACCUUCUUCAAAAGUAUGAGAUUAUUGAAAAACAAUAUAAUGAUCUACAGCUAACAUGUCAUUCACUAAAUAAACAACUUGAAACCAGUAAGAGACAAAAUGAAUCUCUCAAGCAACAGAAUGACAUAACUGUCACUCAGUUGCUAGAAACAGAAGAGCAUAGAAGAGAAUUGCAGAAACAAUUGCAAGAUAAAGAUGGAAAAAUAUCGAGUUUGCAACAGAAAGUAAAAAUACAGGAAGAAAAACUGAAAGCCAGACAUAAGGAAAAGGCAGAUAUGGAAGAGACUCUUGACAUCCUUAGAAAAGAGUUGAGUAAAACAGAGCAAGCAAGAAAAGAAUUGAGCAUUAAGGUAUCUUCCUUGGAAGUUCAGAAGUCACAGCUGGAAGGACGUUUGGAAGAAAAGGAAGCCUUAGUCAAACUCCAGCAAGAGGAGCUGAACAAACAUUCUCAUAUGAUAGCAAUGAUACACAGUUUAAGUGGUGGUAAAUUAAGCACAGAAGCUGUUAACCUUAGUUUAUAGUAUUUGAUCAUUCAGUACUAUAUAUUUAAUUAAAAAGAGGAAACUAAAAUUAAUGUAGGCUUUAAGUAAUGUUUUGUAAAAGAAAUCAUAUUUUGUAGAUGAUUACUUUUAUUUGAAGAUUUUUCAUUUUUACAGAAUAGAGGCCAGCAUUUGUUUGUGUUUACACUAAUGUGGGGGGUCUUGUUUACUAAUUAACAAAAAUUUCUUUGACAAUAUGGAAAAAAAGAGCAGAAUGUGAACCUUUGGUACACAUAAUUGUCAUGGAUUAUAGGAAUUGAAUUAGGGUGACUGGUGCACUAUUUCUGGGCUGAUUUUAUAAGUAUGGAUUUUAAUGCCAUUUUUAAAAAUUCUAUGUAUAUAAUAUUUUGUAUGGUAGAAUCCAGAGAUCUUAGCAUAUAAACACAGAGAUUAGAAAGGAAUAUAAAUAAAACCUUAUGUAUACCAAGGCAGAAAAUGUUAAAAUAAUGUAUUAGAUAGAUCCUAACUUAAAACAAUAGGUAUUCAAUGAAUUGUCAAGUUAAAAACAAGCCAGCCUAUCAUAGCAUGUUGUUCCAAAAUGUUGUUUCCAGAAAACAGACAGGCAUAUCAGCUUUCUGUUUCAUCUUCCAGUGUUAAAUGCCGACUGCUUUUCAGUUCUUUAUAGCACAAUCCUAAGAGAUUGCUAUUUUAUAGAGUAAGGAUCUGGAAUGGGAGGCCUCUCUCUAUCCCAUAACGUGCAGGCCAGAGCUAGAUAGAGUGGGAGGAACAUGGAGACAUAAAUGCUUCCAUUUCCUCCUUUUCUUUAUACUUUCAGUUAGAUGAAUCUUUUUUGGAUCAUCUAGCUGACCUUUCUUAUUAUGAAUGAGAUAGCUGAAGGAUCCUGGAUUCUUCUUGCUCGCUCGCAUUCCCUGUUUUUGUUCUCAUUGAGUUCGUCACUCUUGUGAGUUUGAGAAAGCAGUCACUGCCGUGCUCUCUACAAUGGCUGCAAGGAGAUAAGGGAAAUGGGGAAUAAUCCAAUCUUAGCUUCCUCCUGCUGUGGUUGUGCCAGUGUCUGGCCACAGUGUCUGGCAUGUCCUUUUUUCCCUGGGUCGCUCUCCUGUGGCACAGACAAUUGCUCUGCCUGAUUUCUAAAACUCUCUGCCAGUCUAUCUGCAGUUCACAUGCUGUUACUAUUAACUUUCCUUUGUAUAAAACUGCUGUCAGGAUUCAAGUUUUGAAUCUUUUAUAUAGCUAUUUUUGCUACAUAAGAAUAUAAUUCUAUACAUUUUAAACAAGUACAAGUAUCUUCUAAAGUAAUUAACCUUAGUGAGAAUGUACAUUAAAAUUAACUGGGAAAUAAGGCAAAUGCAGAUAUUUUGCUGAAGUAGAGUAUACAUUGUCUCAUGUGCAUUUUAAUGAAACAUGAUUUUUAGAGACAUUAAAACUUCAAAACUCUUCAUGCUACGUCCACUUUAGUCCAGUGAUAAACCAAAAUGCCAAGAAAGGCUUUUAAAUUUCUCUUUCAGCUUCUGUAUGUCAGUUUUCCAUUUUAAUGACAUGCAAUUGAUGCUGUCAAUUACAUUUUAAAGUUUCUUCAGUAAUGGCCUUUCACAUUUAAUAGAACAUUUAUAUGCUCAUAAUUAUUGUAUAUUUUUGUUGUAGAUGUCUUUAUUUGUCUUUCAGAAGGGAAAUAAAAGAUAAACAAAUCUAGAGUUAAUGUAUGCUACAAAGCACAAUUUCUAAUUUAUGCAUGCACGGUAGGAUGAUUAAAAAUCACUUUCUUUUGAGUUACUUUUGUUGUAUGCUGAUAAUAAAAUAAGCUUUCUUUUUUUAAAUGAUGGGAACAGCUGUUUUUCAUGGUCACUGAGGUCCAUUAUCACAAGCAGAUCUGUUUCUGGAUUAUACCUCCAAUUAUAGCUAGGAUUGGACAUGAUUGUUCCCAUAAAUACAAGAGCAUCCUGCAUGCUCCUACAAACUGAGAUGGAUUAUUUAGUCUUGCUUUUAUUCUUAUAUGCCAGGCUUCUGUGAACAUAAUUGUUUCAAUGAAUUAGUAUGUCUUCAUGAGAGUUCAUUUCUGUAGGUGGCUGUUAAUGAAAAUAGACAUAAGAGAUCAUAAAUAGUUAGCAUUUGAAGAAAUGAAUAACUAAGCAGGAUACAGAGAUAAAAACACGGGCAAAUGCCUGAAAUUAUCCAAGAAAAGACUAGAAAAUACAUGGCAAAGAUGUUUCAAAAGGCAGAGUGAAUAUGACAACUAAUGGAAUUAACAAUUACUUUGAAACCAGUAUAAACUAUUUUUAGGGUUAAAUGUUCUUAAUAUAAAAUCAUCCAAUUAAUUGUGACUUUUAAAGGUGUUUUCUCAGUUUGAAGUACAGUGCUCAAUCUGUUGACCUGAGACUAAUAUUUUGUAACUGUGACACUAAGCAGUAUCUGUGGGGCACACAGUACAGACAAGUUUCCCCACUUCUGACAACACAAUCCUACACAUGUCUGCUUAGAAGUUCAAUAGUACUUAGUCCUAGGUUAGUAAGUACAGGAUUUCACUCUCUGUACUAUAAUCCUAUACCUUGGGUUGUAUCCAAUGUUAUUCCACCAGCAUAAGUAAGAAAACUUCCACCAACCUGCUCUGGAGUUCUAAUGUUCUAAACCAGAUUUAGAGAGCUGCAGGAGAAAAGAAAGGACAGGAAAGACUCAUUGCAUGAUCUCAUGUUUACACUUGACACUAAAAUCUGGAAGAAUUAAAGGGGUGAACUUCAAUAAAGCUAUGUUUACAGAAUAGCAUAAAUGGCACAAAUAUUUAAAAAAGGUCUUUUAAUGCUUACUUGUAACCUAAUAGUGAUUUUCUUUAAGAAUAUUUUGUGAAACCUAAACAAUGUGUUUGUUCAUGCUUAUUGUAUUCUUGGCAUCUUUGCCAGUGCUGAAAACUUUAUUUGUUGCUAUUUGAAUUUUCUUAGAAAAUUAAAUAUUAGUAUUGCUCAUUUUCAUCAGAAUUCUUUAUGGUAUUGUAGAAUUUACAAAUACAGGUGGAAGUUUCAUUGCUACUAUUAAAUGCUCUAGGACAGCAACAGAAUUAAAUGAAUUAAAUCUUUUCUCCAAGAUUGGAUGAUCUCAUAAUAUCAUCAUAUGAUAUUAGGAUAUCAUAUGAUAUCAUCACAUUAGGAGAUCACUAGGAUUACCUAUUGAUCCUCAAAUACUGAGCACCCUGAAAUACUGGCAUGGGGACAUAUGCCUACUGGGAAUCUGUCACUUAAUAUGUACUUUUGCUGAGCUGUUAGAAGGGUGAACUAGAGAGUGGCUAGAAUCAAGAUGGGCUUUCCAUUCAGUUUUAAUACUUAAAAUGAAUUUUGUGAGGACAGGGUCCACGGAUUUCAUUUGGGGGCAGGCGGACAUUCUGAAUAUUGUAUGUGGGCUGGGUUACAAUCUAAUACUGAAGUACCAUGCAGGGCAUUUGCAUUAGCUUGGGACAUGUUGCACUUUUCCUGCUGAACUUUCCAUUUCCUUCGAGGCAGCGAAAUGCUUACCAACCUCCCCUCACAUUUACAAUAUGGUCUGGGAACUGCUAUUCAAAGUAGUAAAUCUGUCACCUUUGGUUCAUGAACUUGAUCGCAUUGAACAAGUUACAUGUAUUCAAUCGAAAAGAAUGAGACUUCAGAAGCUCACACUGCAAGUUCAUCCUCGGGGUCAUCAGUAUGCAGAUAAUACAUAGCUCUGUCUCCUUCUCAUCUGAUGCUAAGCAUUGUAAGUUUUAAAACCAGUUUCUAAGGGCAACAGUGGAUGAAAUGAAGGCUAAUAAAGUGAGGCAUGAUCCAAAGGAAAAAAGAUGUGCUGUUGGUCACUAGGAGAAAUUAAUUGGAAGGAAAGUUUUCUUUGUACUGGAUGGGAUUCUGUUGCUCCUGCAGUAUAUUAAAGCCUAAUCAGUGGUUGUGAUGUUAGCCAAGAAAUCUUACUGCAUCUGCUGUCCAAUUCAUUCUUUUAGAGUGUAAGAUUAACUAUGCUGAAUCAGAACUAAGAUCUACCGAGCCCAGAAUUCUGGUCACUCAGUAGCCAAACACCUAUCACUGCAAAUCCCACAAGAUAUAAUUUGUGUAAUACCUUUCUGCUCAUGCUCCCCAGGAACUAACAUUCUGAGGUAUCAUUGUGCCUCUGAUAUUUGUGGUGAGAUAUAGCCAGAAUGGCCAGUAGCCACUGACAGUCGUAACCUGCAUGGAUUGAUCUAAUCCACUUUUAAAGCUGCCUAGCUGGUGGUCAUUACUACAUCUUGUGGUAUCAAAUUGCAUAGUUCAUGUGCUAUGUGAAAAAGUACUUGCUUUUAUCCCUUCUGAAUCUCCCACAAGUACCCUGUCUCCCAGGAUGGAAAGGAGAAAUGUUUAGUAGCCUACUGUGACCAAUUUUUGGAGCCCUUUGUGGAUAUUAGUUUCAUCUUGGAUGCUACAGCUAGCGAAGUACCAGUAUAUGUUCCUUUUGCAGGCGUUUGUCCAGUUAAUUUGAAUAUAUUUCAGUUUGUUCAGCAUUUUCAUCCUUAUUCUCUCUGUCUAAUAAGAGUAGACUGGGACAGAGUCAGAACAGUUGGGGAAUGUGGCAGUGGGUGAUCUCUGCAUGUUUGAUGAAAACCCUUAGUUACAUUGUAUUAGAGAAUUUCCAACCAGUCUUUCAACAGAAUAUGUAGCAUUUGUUUGAUAUGGAAUACUAUAAAGUAUGAGCUUAAAUUGAAUAUGUGCUGCUGUUCCUCCUUAUAGGAAUUAUUUUAAAGCUGAGGUGCAUUUCAGUCAUGAGUAAAAUAAAAAUAUUGUUGCUAUUUUUAGAAUGAGUUUUUCAGAAUGAUGACUGGGAGCAUUUGGAACAGGUAGGUUAAUUUUGGUAAGAUCACCAUUAUUACCAUCAUCUUACCAAGCCAGGAUAUCUCUAGUUGUGUCCAAGCUUUUAAUUUGGCUUCAGUUUGUUUUAAAAAUGGGAAAUAGAUUAGUUUGUCUAUAACCUGCCCAGGGAGCCAUGUGGCUAAUGUGGCAGGCUAAAAAUCUAAUGAAUAAAUAAUCAAUAGUUCAACUGAUUUGUGCAGUCCUUUGGAAAGUUUAUUCCCUAAUAGUUAAUUUUAUUGGAA